AUGGCUGAAACUCAUUCUUCUAUUAGAAAUUUGGAGACCCAAAUGGGACAAUUGGCUAGUCUCAUGGCUAAUCAUGCCCAAGGUAACUUGCCUAGUACCACUGAAGUGAAUCCAAAAGAGAAUUGCAAGGCAAUCACGUUAAGAAGUGGGAAGAAUUAUGAGGGACCAAGUGAGAAGCAGCCAGUUGAAGAAGCGGGUCAGGAUCAACAGGCACAGGCACCGACACAAGAGGAAAAGAAGCACAGUGAGAAAAAGGCUACUAAAGGCAUACUAGCAAAAGAAGCUUCACCACCAAUCAGUAUUGAGCAUCACAUAAAGAUUCCCUACCCUCAAAGGCUCCGUAAGAACAACAUGGACAAGCAGUUUACUAAAUUCCUGGAAGUAUUCAAGAAACUGCACAUCAACAUUCCAUUUGCGGAGGCCUUAGAGCAAAUGCCGAGCUAUGUCAAGUUCAUGAAGGACAUCUUGUCCAAGAAAAGGAAGAUGGAGGACUUUGAAACUGUGGCAUUGACGGAAGAGUGUAGUGCUAUACUGCAAAAGAAGCUCCCCCCUAAACUCAGAGAUCCUGGGAGUUUCACAAUACCGUGCGCUAUUGGGAGAAUUGAGGAAUAA